CAGGCUCCUCGGUGCAUUCACGUCAUUCGAAACGCUCGUCAAUGAUAAUUAUAGUGCAUAUAUUUGGCCAUUCGUCUAUAUGUUCACAAAUGAAACAUACUGAUUUGUUGAUCAUAUGCUGUCUCCAAUGCAUUUUCAGCGACAUGUUCUGCAGUUUUUAACUAGUGGUCCGUCAGUAAACUAACUUCCUGUUUACGUCAAGUCACCACAGCCCUUUCCGUUCCAAGACAUUUACGCUCCACUCACUCGCUUUUCCACUUCUCGGUCCACGUGCAGAUUUCUUCAAAUUUAGCACCAAAAAGACCGCAAUACGAGUUUGGAUCAAAUGGCGUCUUCAUUCGAGCAGAUGAGAGCCAACGUGGGAAAGCUCUUACGAGGAAUUGAUAGAUACAACCCAGAGAACCUUGCAACAUUGGAACGCUACGUGGAAACACAAGUUAAAGAGAAUGCAUACGACCUAGAGGCCAAUUUGGCUAUCCUCAAAUUGUACCAGUUCAACCCUGCUUACUUCCAGGUCACAGUGACGUCGCAAAUUCUGCUCAAGGCCCUGACCAACCUACCACACACAGACUUUACUCUGUGCAAGUGCAUGAUUGACCAGACACACCAGCAGGAGGAGCGCCCCAUAAGGCAGAUCCUGUACCUGGGGAACCUCCUGGAGACCUGCCAUUUCCAGUCCUUCUGGUCCAGCCUGGAGGAGAACAGGGAAUUCAUUGAUGGCAUCACAGGCUUUGAGGACUCAGUGCGCAAAUUUAUCUGCCAUGUGGUUGGAAUCACAUACCAGAACAUUGAGCAUCGACUUCUAGCUGAGAUGCUGGGUGACCCCCUUGACACACAGGUGAAGGUGUGGAUGAGCAAGUACGGGUGGACGGAGAAUGAGGAAGGGCAGAUCUUCAUCUUUAACCAGGAGGAGAGUGUCAAGCCCAAGAACAUUGUGGAGAAGAUUGACUUUGAGAGUGUAUCCAGCAUCAUGGCCACAUCUCAGUGAUACCCAGACGCAUCUGCACACUCAAUGCACAAUAGAAAAAAAAUCGGCCGGACAGCAGUACAUAUUCCUCAAACCAACCUUUUACAAUAAAUGUUAAUUAUCCAUUCAAAAUCAGA